AUGAACCAUCCAGCUCCUGUGGAAGUUACGUACAAGAACAUGAGAUUUCUUAUUACACACAAUCCAACAAAUGCAACCCUAAACAGAUUUAUAGAGGAUUGGCCUUCUGAUGGUGGCGCACCACCGUCUAACCAGAUUGUGGAUGAUUGCUUAAGUUUUGUGAAAAUUAAGGUUCGUGAAGACCCUGGUUGUUGUAUUGCCAUUCACUGUGUUGCAGGCCUUGGGAGAGCUCCAGUGCUUGUCGCCCUAGCAUUAAUUGAAGGUGGAAUGAAAUGUGAAGAUGCCAUACAGUUCAUAAGACAAAAGCGGCAUGGAGCUUUUAACAGCAAGCAACUUUUGUAUUUGGAAAAGUAUCGUCCUAAAAUGUGGCUGCGCUUCAAAGACUCCAAUGGUCAUAGAAACAACUGUUGCAUCCAGUAA